AUGGCAGCCCCAGUGCCCCACGGCACCCACCGCCCCACAGAGCCCCUACCCACAGCCCUCCACGGAGCCCCAGCCCUGUGGUACCCACCGGGCCCCACAGCACUGCCCCCUGUCCCGUGGGACCCCCACCCACAGCACCCCAAUGCAGCGGGGACCUGUGGCACCCCCAUGCCAUGGCAGCAUCCCCUGGCCCAUGGCACCCCCUCCGACAGGCACCCACCGCAGCCCCACACCCAGGGCACGGGGAACUGGAGGGGGGAGUGCCGGGGUGUGCGUGUGGGGACACGGCAGGGUGGGGGGCAGCACUGGGGGACCCGGGGAUGUGAGGGGACCCUGGGCUGUGGAGGGACACUGGGGACUCUGGGGCGGGGGGGACGGUCACAGGGAUGUCCCGGCGGACACCAGGGGGAGGAGGGACAGGACAGCCUGGAGGAGAGGGAUGGGGAAUGGAGUGUCCUGGGCGUCCUGAGCUCAGCUCUCGGCGGGAUUUGCAGCCAAAGGGGGAGCUUAGCCCCAGGCAGGUGUUCCGGAAGGAGGGGGCGUCACCCUCGUGCUUUUGGAGUGCUUGUGCCCCCCUUGUUAACACCUUCCUGUCCCCCAGUGCGCUACGGGCGCUUCGAUCCCGAGGACCAGCGCAGCCGGCACUGCCCCUACCUGGACACCAUCAACAAGAGUGUCCUGGACUUUGACUUUGAGAAGCUGUGCUCCAUCUCUCUGUCCCACAUCAACGUCUACGCCUGCCUCGUCUGUGGGAAGUACUUCCAGGGCCGCGGGCUGAAGUCGCAUGCCUACAUCCACAGCGUGCAGCUGAGCCACCACGUGUUCCUCAACCUGCACACGCUCAAGUUCUACUGCCUGCCCGACAACUACGAGAUCAUUGACUCCUCGCUCGAGGACAUCACGUACGUGCUCAAGCCCACCUUCACGGCCCAGCACAUUGCUCAUCUGGACAAACAGGCUAAGCUGUCCCGGGCCUAUGAUGGCACCACGUACCUGCCUGGCAUUGUGGGGCUCAACAACAUCAAGGCCAAUGACUAUGCCAAUGCUGUGCUCCAGGCCUUGUCUAACGUGCCUCCCCUGCGGAAUUACUUCCUGGAGGAGGAGAACUACCGGCACAUCCAGCGCCCACCCGGGGACAUCAUGUUCCUGCUGGUGCAGCGCUUUGGGGAGCUCAUGAGGAAGCUCUGGAACCCCCGGAAUUUCAAGGCACACGUGUCUCCCCAUGAGAUGCUCCAGGCCGUGGUGCUCUGCAGCAAGAAGAACUUCCAGAUCACCAAGCAGGGGGAUGGGGUGGAGUUCCUGUCCUGGUUCCUGAAUGCGCUGCACGCAGCACUGGGUGGCACCAAGAGGAAGAAGAAGACCAUUGUCACCGACGUGUUCCAGGGCUCCAUGCGCAUCUUCACCAAGAAGCUGCCACACCCUGACCUGCCGGCGGAGGAGAAGGCACAGCUGCUGCAGAACAGCGAGUACCAGGAGCGCAUGGUGGAGUCCACCUUCCUGUACCUGACCCUGGACCUGCCCACGGCGCCACUCUACAAGGACGAGAAGGAGCAGCUCAUCAUCCCCCAAGUGCCCCUGUUCAGCAUCCUGGCCAAGUUCAAUGGCAGCACCGAGAAGGAGUACAAGACCUACAAGGAGAACUUCCUGAAGCGUUUCCAGCUGACACGCCUGCCCCCCUACCUCAUCUUCUGCAUCAAGCGCUUCACCAAGAACAACUUCUUCGUGGAGAAGAACCCCACCAUUGUCAACUUCCCCAUCACGAACGUGGACCUGCGGGAAUACCUGUCGGAGGAGGUGCAGGCGGCGCACGCGCACACCACCUACGACCUCAUCGCCAACAUCGUGCACGACGGGAAGCCCUCGGAGGGCUCCUACCGCAUCCACGUCCUGCACCACGGCACAGGGAAGUGGUACGAGCUGCAGGACCUGCAGGUGACCGACAUCCUGCCCCAGAUGAUCACCCUGUCCGAGGCCUACAUCCAGAUCUGGAAGCGACGCGAGGAGGAUGAGACCAAGCAGCAAGGUGCCUGAGAGCCUUGGGGGCACCCAGAAAUCCCCCUGGGGACACCCCCAGCUCCCCUCAGUGGUAUCCCCAGCCCCUUAGGGGUACCCUGAGACCCCUUUGGGAGCACCUCAAGCUCCCUCGUGGACAGCCAGAGACUUGCAGGGACAUCCAUGGCCCACCUGGAGACACCUCCAUCUGCCCUGGGGUCACCCAGAGGUCCCCAGGGAACAACACCCAGACACCCUUGGGAGCACCCAGAGCCCACCUGGGGACACCCCCAGCCCCCCCUGUUGG